AUGAAUUUUGCAGAGAAUUUACAUGAACUUUGGGCAAUGAGGAAAAUUGAUUUAGGAUGGAGUUAUGGAGAAGUUCGUAGCGAACAAAACCGACUGCAUCAUUGUCUUACAUCCUUCGAUCAUUUACCUGAUGCCGAACGUGCUUAUAAUAUUAAUUUGGCCCUUGAAACAUUAAAAACUAUCGAGGCUCUUGGUUGGCAUAUGAUGCUUGAUAAACCCCCAACACGCCUUCGUCCACUUAGACUUCCCCAAAGUUAUGUUCAGUCAAAUGGAUACAAGCCUCAACCUCUGGAUACUCAUGAAAUUGAAUUACCUGAAGGAAUGCAACCUUUAAUUGAAGCUUUAGCUAGAAAUACACACAAUGUAUGGGCAAAGGAGAAAAUUAAAAGAGGAUGGACUUUUGGAAUUAGUGAUUACGUGGAUGCAGUCCAAAAACGAACUCCACACUUGGUUCCCUAUGAACAAGUUGAUGAACGCAUAAAAGAAGCAAAUAGAGAAGCUGCUGCUGAAAAUAUUCGAACUCUUCAACUUUAUGGAAUUUAUUUAGAAACACCAAUAACCGAAAGAGAUUUGGAGGCAGAAAAGGAAUUGCAGGCACUUGAUGCUUUGACUAGAACUUUUAGAGCAGAGGCUACUUAUAAAGUGAUUAAUGGAAAGUGGUAUUAUGAAUUUGAGGUCCUAACAGAAGGAUUUAUGAAAGUUGGCUGGAUGGACGUCUCAUCCCAACCAGAGAGCAAACUUGGUGUUGAUACUUUAAGUUAUGGCUUUGACGGACAUUUGGUGAAAAAAUGGCAUCAAGGUGCUGAACAUUAUGGGAGGGCCUGGAAAAUUGGUGAUGUUGUCGGCUGUUUUUUAGACCUGAAUGAUCGGACUAUUUCCUUCUCUUUGAAUGGCGAACUUCUUUUAGACCCCUCAGGGAGUGAAAUGGCGUUUGAUAAUGUACAACCUACUGAUGGUUUCGUUCCUGCAAUGACUUUAGCAGCAGGUCAAAAAGGAAAAUUUAACUUUGGCCAGGAUUCCAAUUCUCUUAAAUUCUUCACCACUUGUGGGCUCCAGGAAGGAUAUGAGCCUUUUUGUGUAAAUAUGUUCCGCCCCAUGCCUUUUUGGUAUGCGAAGAGAUUGCCUCGUUUCACAGAAUUAGAUAGCCAUACUCGUUUGGAUGUUCAACGAGUACCAGCAACUACAACAUCUCCUCCUUGUUUGAAAAUAUCACAAAAAGCAGCAAUUAGCGGAGGGGGGAGUGGAGACACUGCUGUAGUUACAGGAAGUACUGCAGCUGGAGUAGGUGGACAAGAAACUGGUGUAGGUAUAGGCCUGCCUAAUGAACGGUCUACUUCAAGAAUGGAAUUUUUACGUUUAUCAUUGCCUGUUAAAUGUAACCGUACUUUUAAUAAGAAUAGCCGAAGCAAAGAAGAAUUACAUGCCAAAAUGGAAGAUUAUCAACAAAAAAGGAACACUUCACUUAGUUCUUUAAUUAAAUUAGGUCAGACAGCUGCUAUCAAUGGAGAACAAUUGACAAUACAAAGCGAGGCUAAUAAGGCAUUUAUUGAUAAACUUUUUCCGAAAAAUCUAAUUUUAUUAAAUAAAUUUACAAUAAUUUUAAAGGCUCGUGGAAAGAAAGGCCUCCUUUCUGUUUUCCGCCAAGGCAGUCAAGAACCAUUAGACCCUGAUCGACGUUCACAACGUACUUACAAAACAUCCUCUUUUGACUCUUCUCCAGAACAUCCAAUAAUGGAUGGGGCUGCUGCUAUGCUUGUUAAAUCAAGUUUAAUGGAAUUAAGUCCUGAAGAAAGAAAAGCAACAAAGAAAAGUUCUGGGGGAAUUUUGGGAAGAAUCCGCCAAAAACAGCAGCAAAAAGAUGAAGUUAAAAGGCAUCAGAGAACAACAGAUGACACUUAUGGUCUGAAAGGACUUGAUACAAUUUCUGCCAGUGGGAUAAGUCGAGCUGAUGCUGCUGAAAUUACAGGAGAAAUGCCCUCCUCUGGGCCUGGUCGUCAACCUACGAUUGUUGCCAGAAGGACUUCUCCUUUAAAGAAACGUUUUGGAGUAGGUAAAAGACAUCAACCUAUGCCAGCUAUGUCAUCGACUGUUAUACCACUCAUUGAAAUGAGAGAACCUUCUUUAGUUGAUGGAACUCAACGAUUUUCACUUGUUGCUCCAGCUGAGGAAGUUGGGCCAGUAUUAGAUGAUGUACUUUCUAUGCAGGAAAUGGGCGAUCAGAUUGAUGAAUAUUACUUUGGCGUACGCAUCUUUCCCGGUCAGGAUCUUUCGAACGUCUGGGUUGGAUGGGUUCGUCCACAAUUCCAUGCUUAUGAUAAGCAAUUUAAUGCUGAAAAUUCUGUUCGUAGAAGUCGUUAUACUGAACUUGACCAUCAAGGUGAUACAGCAGGAAGUAUUGAAUAUCGCAAUUGCUAUAUGUUGAAUGCGGCAGAAUUACUUUCCACUGUUGCUGACCCAAGCAACACAAAAGUAUCAGGAUUACUAAUUGGCUGUUUAAUUGAUACAUCAAUUGGAGAAUUAGCUUUUUAUGCUCAAGGUCAAGAUACUGGAAUGCGUUUUAAACUUGAACCGGAAGCUCUACUUUUUCCUUCUGUCUUUGUUCAACCAACAAGCCAAGAAAUUCUUCAAUUUGAAUUGGGACGAAUUAAAUUUACUUAUCCUCUUUCAUCUGCAGUUUUUAAAUCUUCAGCUAAAGCGCUUAUUCCUUAUUGCCCUCCUCGACUCUGUGUAGAAAAUCUUCGUUCAGUUCAUUGGGCAAGAGUUCCCAGCAAAACUCUUAGAGCGAGUGCAAUAAAACUUUCAGAUUCAAUUGGCUGGUCGGUGCUUUGUGACGAGCCAGUUCGCGCUCUCAUGGUCUACAUUCCUGAACGUGACGAAAGCAUUGAUAUUCUCGAAUUAAUUGAGAAGCCCGAUUUACUUGCUUUUCAUGAACGUACAUUGUGUCUUUAUUGUAAAUUAGCAGCACAUGGAAAUCAAAGGGUUGCUCACCAACUUUGUUCUCAUGUUGACGAAAAACAAUUAAUAUUUGCUGUACGCAAUCCAAACCUGUCUGGACCAAUGCGGCAAGGAUUAAUUAACUUCCUCAUUGCAGUACAUCUGAAAACUCAUGCAGAUGCCCGACUUUCAAUGGCUAAAGAAUUUAUAAUUCCUCUUGUUGAGGAUGGAUUAAAUGACAAACACGUUUUUGAUGCAAAAUCUGAGGGACGUUAUCCACAAAUACUAGGAUCUGUUGUUGGAAUCUUGCCAACAAUGAAGGCUGAUCCUGUUUUGCAACCAAAAAUGCCUGUAUCUGCUCCUUUAGUUUUAUCCCCUGUGCCAACAGUACGAGAUUCUUGUUCUACUGCCGCAGAUAGUAGUAGCAGUAAUCGUCUUUUACCUCCUCAAUUGAAUUUUCUUCGUCUUAAAGAGCAUGUAAUGAAUGCUUUUCGAAUGGCUACUCGAAAUGCUGUCCUUAGUUGUCGAGAUUUUAUGGGUGGAGGAAAUUUGGAACAUUUUGAACCAAUUCUUAAAUUGCUUGAUUCUCUUCUAAUAAUUGGUUUAAUAACAGACGAAGAACUUGUCGAAAUACUUCAAUUAAUUCAUCCAGCAUCAUUUGGUAGCAACAAGAUUCAUAAUGAUACAUUUACUCCUGUUGCUAAAGGAUUGGCAGAUAUUGAAUUGGCUGAAGGUGUUAAACUUCAACUUGUUAGCAUUCUCGAACAUUUAUGUGAUAUACAAGUACGUCAUAGAAUAGAAUCUCUUGCAGCAUUUAGUGAUGGCUUUGUUGCAGAGUUACAACAAGACCAGUGUCGCCGGUAUUUGGAGAUUAAACAGACAGAAAUGCCGCCAGCUGAAGCGGCAAAACGAACAAAAGAAUUUAGAUGUCCACCAAAGGAGCAGAUGUAUCGACUACUCAAUUGUAAAGUAAAGGAAGAUGGGGCUAUGCGAUAUAUUGAUGAUGAGGCCGAUGAAGAUCAAUGCCCAACAUCGGAGAAUUUACAGGAUCAAUUAAGAGAAUUUUGUCAAUCAUUAGUUUUUAAAGUUAGCCAUAAAAGAGUUUCAAUUUCUGAAAGAGAGGGAAGUAAAGCUAAGGAAGAAGGACAAAUUGAAGAGGAGGAAGAAGAGCUUUCAUGGGUUGAUAAAUUAGCUCAAUUACUUAUUUCAGUACCUCCCAUCGAUAGACAAAAUUCUAAUAAAGAUGAACAUCAAGGGACUGAGAAAUUUAGACAAUUAAUUGUUUUAACAUUGAGACGUUGGGCUAAUGAAUCAGAAAUUGAAUCUAAUGAACUUAUUAGAGCAAUAUUUGCUCUUUUAUUAAGGCAAUAUUCUGGAGUUGUCGAAAUGAUGGAUUCUAUUGGACAGACCUAUGUUUUACAUGAAAGAAAUCUUGAUGAUGUAAAGAUAUUUAUUGAAUAUUUAAUGCAAAUAAGAGAAUUACUUAAUGUCCAAUUAGAAAGUACUGAAGAAGGAAUACUUAAGAGAGGUUUAUGGCAAUUAAUGAACAAUAGAAUUUUCUUUCAACAUCCUGAUUUAAUGCGUCUUCUUAGAGUACAUGAAGAUGUUAUGACUAUAAUGAUGAAUGUAUUAACUAGACAACAGUCAGCCGUUGAAGCUGCUGAAAGUGGUGGUGGGGAUUUACCCGGACAAACUAAUGCAUCUGAAAUGGUUGUAGCUUGUUCUCGUUUUCUUUGCUACUUUUGCCGUACUUCUCGUCUAAACCAAAAAGCAAUGUUUGAACAUCUUUCUUUCUUAUUAGACAAUGCUACAAUGCUUUUGGCACGUCCCAGUUUACGUGGUUCUGUUCCUUUAGAUGUUGCCUAUUCUUCUUUCAUGGAUAAUAAUGAACUGGCACUUGCCUUGAAGGAAGAAGAAUUGGAUAAGGUUGCCGUUUAUUUAAUGCGUUGUGGACUUCAACCAAACUCUGAGCUUUUAGCUCGGGAUUAUCCAGACAUUGGAUGGGAUCCAGUAGAGGGUGAAAGAUAUUUAGACUUUCUUCGUUUCUGUGUUUGGAUUAAUGGAGAAAAUGUUGAAGAGAAUGCUAAUCUUGUUAUUAGACUUCUCAUUCGUAGACCAGAAUGUUUAGGUGUGGCAUUGAAAGGAGAGGGGCAAGGAUUGUUUGCUGCAUUUAAGGAAGCAAUUUCUUUAUCAGAAGAUGUACGCCACUUGGAAGAAGGGGAAGACCCUCUCCUUCUUAAUUCUCAAAUUCUUCGUGAUCAUGGAAAAUAUCCAUCUAAAGAAAUUGAAGGCGAAGACUAUAUGGAUCUUGGGGCAUCCAUUCUCGAUUUUUAUUCCUCUCUUGUUGAUUUGUUGGCAAAAUGUGCCCCGGACCCUUUGACAAUCCAAGCAGGAAAAGGUGACAGUGUUCGAGCUAGAGCAAUACUUCGUUCAUUGAUAUCACUGGAUGAUUUGCGACACAUUCUUGCAUUGCGAUUUACUAUACCCAAUCUUGUGGCUAGCGGAGGAGGUAUUGGAAAUGGUGGCACUGCUGCUGCUCAUGAUGUAAAUGGUAUUCUCAAGAACAACAACCAGAAUCAAUUUAAAAAUAAUUCUAACUACAUAAAUAAUAAUCAAGAAUAUUCAAAAACUUCGAAGCCCCCCUUUUCUAAAUUCUCUUCUUCCAAUUCAAUGGAAUCUAAAAUGCAUGGGCUUGUAGAUACUACAAAUACAUUUGCUAACAUUGCUGCAACGCUGAGUGCUCGUGUCCGUCAACAGUCUAUUUCUGUUAAUUACAGAGCUUCAACCUUGCUUAAAGCACUUAACACACCAGCUUCAAAGGCUGCGUUAUUUCAUCAAUUAACAACACAAAAUAACAUGCCUAACAAUAAUAAACAACCCCAAUCGAAUUAUCAAACAGCAAAUAAUAGUAUUGCUAGUACUAGAUCAAACUCACCAUUAAAAGAGGUUUCAGAAGACAGCAGCAUAUCUGGAGAUAACAUAGAAACUUCUACAACACCAAUUCCGCCGCCCUUAUACAACGAAGGAUUGUUUUGCCGACGCAGGGGGGUUUCUUUGCCUAAACGGAGUGCUUGCAGUGAUUUACGUGCAGCCACAAUGAUGGAUUCACCUCGAGCCUUAGAAUCUGAUACAGCACUAGCUUUGAAUCGUUAUCUUUGCAAUGCUGUUCUGCCUCUUUUAUCAAACCAUUCACAUUUCUUCGCAGAUGCCGAACAUCAUGCACCUUUAUUGGAUGCAACACUUCAUACUGUCUAUAGAAUGAAUCGCCUUCGAUCUUUAACUAAAAAUCAGAGAGAUGCUGUUAGUGAUUUCCUAGUGGCGUUAAGUCGAGAAUUACCUCCCACAAUGAUGGUUAAAUUGUUGAGAAAAGUUAUUGCCGAUAUUCAACAAAUGUCGGAUAAUGUACUUGUCCCUUUGAGGAUAAUUACUUUGCAUUAUGAACGUUGUAAUAAAUAUUAUGGGAGUGGAAAUUCUUUGGGUGCUGCAUCUGAAACAGAGAAACGAUUAUCAAUGCUUCUAUUUUAUGCUAUAUUUGAUUCCCUCUCCUCUAAACCUUAUGAUCCUGAAUUAUUUGGAAAAGCAUUGCCCUGUUUGACAGCUAUCGGUUCUUCAAUUUCACCUGAUUAUGCUCUCACUUCUGAACGAGCUGAACUUACUACUUCCCAAGACUACGAAGGUGUUUGGGUUCCCCAACAAUUAGAUUACUCAAAAGUUACAUUAAAUAAUGAAUUAAAUGCAAUGGUACAGAAAUUUGCUGAGCAUUUUCACGAUUCCUGGGCUGCACGCAAAUUAGACAAAGGAUGGACACAUGGAUUAUUAUAUUCAAGGCGAACAACUAAUCAUCCUCGACUUGUUCCAUUUCAUCGUUUACAGGAUUAUGAAAAAGAAUUUUAUAAAGAACGUUGUGCAGAAUGUAUUAGAGCACUUGUUGUUUGGGGAUAUCAAUUUGAAUUAGUUGAUCAUGAUGCUAAUGAACGUGCCAAUCAGAGUAGAGUACUUUCUGGGCGAAAUGAACGUGAUUUCAAUCCCCGUCCAGUUGAUCUCUCUAAUAUGAACUUGGAUAAAGAAAUUCUUCAAGUCGCUGAACAAUUGGCAGAGAAUUCCCAUAAUCUUUGGGCAAGAAAAGUCUUUGAUGAUUUAGCAGACAAUAGUGCCCAAUACCCUUCAAUGCCUCUUGCUCUUGUUCCAUGGGAAUUGUUGACAGAUUUUGAAAGACGCAAAGACCGCUUCAGAGCCCAAGAAGUCCUUAAAUUCUUUCAAUUUCAUGGAUAUCGAAUUUUUAGGUAA